AUGACUGGCUUGCAGACUGAAGCGCGCAGCAGCAGCAGCAGCAGCAAUAAUAAUAAUAGUAGCAGCAGCAGCAACAAUAAUACUAAUAACAGCAGCAGCAAUAACGACGGCGGCAGCAACGAUAACAGCAGCAGCAGCAACAAUAACGGCAGCAGCGGCAACGGUAACAACAGCAGCAACGGCAACAGCAGCAGCAGCAACGAUAACAGGAGCAGCGGCAACAACAGCAGCGGCAACAACAGCAGCAGCAACAGCAGCGCCAGCAACAGCUGCAGCAGCAGCAACAGCAGCAGCCACAGCAGCAGCAAUAGCAGCAGCAUCCGGCGAAAGCGCCGCUUUCCUCUUUUAUCAAACUCGGAGUUAAAGACAGGACAAUCUGAGCGCUCGAAGCUUUCAAAACCCGCAGCAGCAGCAGCAGCAGCAGCAACAGCAGCAGCAGCAACAGCAGCAGCAGCAGCAGCAGCUCCGUGGGACUCGUGUUUGAGCGAGAGCCUAGACUUCUGCCGAGAUGCGGCCAGUUUGCUGCAGCAGCUGCAGCAGCGCGUGCGCAGCACCGGCGAGCAGCUAGCUGCUGCUGCUGCUGCUGCUCCGUCUGCUGCUGCUGCUGCUGAAGAAGGUGGAAAUGGAAGAAAGAAGCAAACGGAGCAGCAGCUGCUGCUGGAAGAAGAAAUAAAUGAAUGUCUUGAGAGAGUGCAAGAAUUUCGGUGUUUGAUGUUGGCCGUUUUGGCUGCGGUGAAUUCAAAUCCAAUUUUCAACAAUGUGGAAAAAGAACCUGUGGGGGGAGCUCUAAAGGAAGCCACAGACAAAGCCAUGAAAAUUUUCAAGUUGAAAGAAACUGCAGACGAAGAGGCGAAGCCGCUGGCGAGUUCUCUUCUUGGUGUUAUAAAUUCCUCGAAGAAGUUCAUGUCAGUGCUGGCCAGCAGAAUCCACACUUUGGAAAACAGCGCAGCAGUCUGGCUGACCCACGGCGCGGAGAUCCUGCCUUAUUUGCUGCAGCUGCAGCAGACUUUUGCUGCGCUGCAGCAGCAGCAAAAAGAGGCAAAAGCAAAAGAAGAAGAAGUGAAGAAAAGAAUCCGCAUCAAGGAGCUGCAGAAACAGGAAGUCAAGUUCCGCCUCGAAAAGACAAAAGAAGAGUUUCGUUUGGCCCGUUUGGACUUGACGAGAGAAGAACUCGAAAAGAUUUCUAAAAGCGAAAGAAUGCAAAUCCUCGAAAACAAGCAAGAGGUCCUGGACAGAGAGCUGCGAAGCUUGGCAGCCUUUUCUCCUCUUUUUAUUGUCGAAAGAGCCGCCAAGUAUAUAACCCUUCAGUACAGACCCGAGGGCUCCGCCGUCGACUACGAAAUCUCCAUCGAAGGCCUCGACUUGUCUUUCCGCAGAGGCUGCAGCCGCCUCUCUUCUUUUUUUUCUGUUCAUUUCAGUCCUCCGAACCCUCGAGCUUCUCUCCUUUUGGAAAAGGCAAUUGCGGACUUGCUGCGCCUGCUGCAGCAGCUCGCCCCGCCCCAGCUGUGCCCGCAGCCUGCAGCAGCAGCAGCAGCAGCAGCGCCUGCAGCAGCAGCAGCAGAAACAGCAAAACAUGCAGCGCCGGAUGUUCUGCUCGAGUACCUCGCUGGGGUUCUCAUAAAAACCCUCAGCUCCUGCUUCUCUACGCCCUCUCCGGCUCCCCGAAGUUCUGCUGCUGCUGCUGCUGCUGCUGCUGCUGCAGAAGCAAAAUGA